UUUUCUAAAAUCAAACAAAUGACUGGAAACGCAAUUUUACAAAGUUCGCAUCGAAGUAAACAAAUUUGUGAGUAAAGGUAAAAUAUUUAUUAUAAUGCCUAAAGAAGAUUGCAAAUACUGGGAGAAAUGCUAUCAGAAGAACGUCGCACAUUUAGAAAAGUAUAUGCAUCCUCCAAAAGAGAUGGAAAUAGAAAAUUCUACCGAGGCGACAUCAGAGUGUGGCUUGUUGAAGGAAAAAGAGGCGCCUAAACGUAAAACACCAACUAUGGAGGCGAAACGCCAAUCAUCUGAUGAUGAGUCCACAGAUCUUACCCAAAAAGAAUGCACAUCUGCAUCUAGCAAUCAGACUGUGUCUGCUGAAAGUAAGGAAAUUGAUACGGCCGAGCUACGUGCUGAAGCGCUCGGCAACAUUGCGGGCAAAAAUUACAUGGAAAUACUUGCCAAGCGUAUUAAAUUCUCAGUUCAGGCUGAAUACGACGAAUUAUUGCGUAGCAAUGAAUUUAUACGACAUAAAUUUCUCGUCGAAAUGCCACCGGAUUUCUAUGCAUUUUGGAAAUUUGCUUGCAGCUUGAAGAAAGACAGCACCGGCGAGCAAGUUUUGGAGUACUUUGAAAAGCAGUUCCAACUUCUGUUGGUGGGACCGUUCGAAUUUCUUGCUGGACGCUUUCACAAGGCUACAAUACGUGAACCCGGCGAUUAUUUGCGGCACUGGCGUUUCUUCUACGAUCCUCCGGAAUUUCAAACUAUUUUCGUACGCCAUGAUUCCGGAGUUCAUUAUGGGUAUUGGCGUGAUUCACCGAAAGAACAUGAUUGCCUCCUGAUGGCACGCAACGAUGCAGCAAAAGGUUGCAAAUUUGAGUUCAUAGCCGGCAGUGCAUUUGACGCUUUUCUACAUUAUCUCGAAAAGGACUUUAAGAGCACACCUUUUACUGCAGCCGCAGUUGCGGCAACGCGUAAGGCACUGCAACAAUUUAUUAGCGUAAAUGAGAUUAAAAUAGAGAAGUUGGAAACGUUGCGCAAACGUCGUAAUGCUAAAGUUGUUGCCAAGACACUUCAUGAGGCUGGCAUUGUAGUACCGUAUGAUGGUAAAACCCAAGUUGGUUAUAGGCCGCUAACCGUAUCGGAUGGAGAAUUAAAGAAAAUACUGGAUUUUUUUGUUAAGGCAGGUGCAUCCGAUGAUAGUGGCGAUAACGAGGAGGUCAAAGCAGCCGUAAUACAGAAAUUGCAACCCGUCGCUACAGCUGCCAAUAUUGCAAUGGAUGAAUGCGACUUUGGCACAGCUCUUGAAUUAGGAAUCGACCUGUUUUGUAGUGGGCGCCAGGAAUUGAAUUCGCUAGUGCAGUCUUUACUAGUACCGGCGUAUUCGCUAUUAAGUCGUCCACAAUUCAUUGCUAUAUCCAAAGCGCACAUGGAACAGCGUAGGAAGUCUCAUAAACUUAGCAUUUUCGAAUUAGAUAAUACAAGUAAAGGGAGCAACUAAAAGCAUAGCUUUAAUUAUAAAUUUACAAGCGCAUCAUAAAGUAAAAAAAAUGAGAUCUUUCACAUUACA